AGGAGUUGAGAGGUAGCUAGGAUAUAAAUUCUACAACAAACAUUAUACAGCUAACAUUUAAGUCUGGCUGCAAUGGAGAGCGAUUCAAAACCUAGAAAUCCUCGAUGGUCUCUUGCCGGGAUGACGGCCGUCGUGACAGGUGGAACGAAUGGGAUCGGUUACGCUGUGGUGGAGGAAUUAGCAGAGUUAGGGGCAGCGGUGCACACCUGUUCUCGCAACGAGGCUGAACUUAACAAGCGCCUAGAAGAAUGGUCUGCCAAGGGCUUCACUGUUACAGGGUCCGUGUGUGAUGCAUCUUCUCGUCCUCAACGCGAACAACUGAUAGAAAAAGUGUCGUCUAUUUUCAAUGGAAAGCUCAACAUCCUUGUUAACAAUGUUGGGACCAACAUUGGGAAGUUUACAACAACAGAGUAUACUGCACAAGAGUAUUCAAUGAUAAUGGCUACCAAUUUAGAAUCUUGUUACCAUAUGUGUCAACUGGCACAUCCUCUUUUAAGGGCUUCCGGAGCUGGUAAUAUUAUCUUCAUGUCCUCUGUCGCGGGUCUAGUUAACAUUUCUUGUGGGUCUGUCUAUGCAAUCACUAAAGGUGCAAUGAACCAGCUUGCGAAAAAUUUGGCAUGUGAAUGGGCCAAAGACAACAUUCGGACUAAUAGUGUAGCACCAUGGUUCAUUAGAACCCCACUUGCCAACCAUGUGCUAAACGAUGAAGCGUUUUUGGAGAAAGUGGUAUCUAGGACUCCACUAAUGCGCCCUGGAGAAGCAAACGAAGUUUCGUCACUCGUGGCAUUCCUUUGCCUACCUGCCGCGUCUUACAUUACUGGCCAGACAAUUGCUGUUGAUGGAGGUUUUACGGUUAAUGGUUUUCCAUGACUAUAAUUAUUUCACAUUUUCAUAAUAUUAAGAACUAUAGAUAUGGGUCGAUCGAUCAUCUUAUGCUCAUGUAGACAGUCUAUGGUAAUAAAUUGUUAUCUAUGAUCAUCAAAUUUGUAAUUUUCACAAUUGACCGUAAAGCUUUGUCUAGCUUCAAUAUUGUUCA